AUGAUCAUAUGUACGUACGUCCGUCACACUCACUGGUCACUAUAUGUAUGUACGUCCGUCACAUGCGGACGCCGACGCCGACAUUUAUUUCAUAUGACCCUAGACUUUCAGUCAAGGGAACUACUAAAACUAGACAUGUUGCGUACAUCAUCAUUUACAUUAUCCGUUUUUCGUUAUCCGAUGUUGCAGCAAAUAAUUCGUUUCUCAUCCACAAAUGCUACAGCGGGUUCGAUCAAUGCUGGCCACGACAAAUUCACUGAACGUGAACAAGCAUUAGAAAAUCAAUAUUUUCGAAAACAAAGUGAAGAAUUGAUCACAAGUAUCGUUCAUCUUCGAUUCACUGACCCUUGA